GAGGUUAGUAUAAAAUGAAAACAAAAUAAUCGGCUUUUUUGAUGCACAGAUGUUAUAAGUAGUAAGAAGUACAUUGUGUAUUGAUUGUUAGGUCAUAGUGUAUAAUCAGGUGUAUAAACGAUUACGAUUAAAGAUUCAGCAUUUCAAAAUGAAAGCCUCUAGUAUAUAUGUAGUACUGGGAAUUUUAAGUGUCUCAUACUGUUCUGCUAUACCAAAGCCAGGAGAAGAGGACCAUAAAAACCGAGUUCAUGAGAAGAAAUUAAGUGAGUCCCCACAUGAAGAAGAAGGAGAACACAAUAAUGAUUAUGACCAUGAAGCAUUCCUUGGGCGUGAAGAAGCGAAAACAUUUGAUCAAUUAACACCAGAAGAGAGUAAAGAACGACUAGCUAUUUUAGUUGAAAAAAUUGACAAAAACAAAGACGGGGAUGUUACAGAAGAAGAACUGAAAGAAUGGAUACAGUAUGUACAGAAACGUUACAUUACGACAGACACAGAUCGUAUGUGGAAAGAUCAUGAUAUACAGGGAGACACACUCGUAUGGGAGGCAUAUAAAAAGAGAACAUAUGGUUUUGAAGAUGACCAUAAUGAUGAGAACUCUCCAAACUUUAGUUACAAAGAUAUGAUCAAUCGUGAUGAGAGACGAUGGAAGGCUGCAGAUAAAAAUAAAGAUGGAAAAUUAGACAAAACCGAAUUUUCAGACUUUUUACAUCCAGAAGAAGCAGGACAUAUGAGAGAUAUUGUUGUACAGGAGACCAUGGAAGAUAUAGACAAAGACAAAGAUGGUUUUAUCAGUCUAGAAGAAUAUAUAGCUGAUGUUUAUGACGAAGAUGAAGAGGAUGAGGAUGAAGACUAUCCUCAUGAUGGAAAACCUGACUGGGUGGAAAGUGAAAAAGUACAGUUCAAGUCCCACCGUGACAAAGAUAAAGAUGGCAAACUGAAUGCUGAGGAAGUAAUGGAAUGGAUCAUACCACAAGAUUAUGAUCAUAGUGAAUCAGAAGCACAGCAUCUUGUUUUCACAGCUGAUGAAAAUAAGGAUGGCAAAUUAAGUAAAGAAGAAAUAAUUGAACAUUAUGACACAUUUGUUGGAAGCCAAGCAACAGAUUUCGGUGAAGCACUAACAAGACAUGAUGAAUUUUGAGAGUAAUCUUCAAUAGAAACUAUGAUCAAAUUUGAGGAACAAUAUUUAUAUUUAUCAUGCUAACCAUGUGACUUCAGGGAAGUGAUAUAAUAGUAACCUUUGAACCAAAUAUUAUGUGAUAUAGUGUGCUUUUAAAAAAAGCAUAAUACAUAUAAAAAACAUCAUCAAUAUACUCUAGUCAAGCUGAAGAUUUUUAUACGGAUGUGUAAAGAAUGGCCGACAUGAACAGUUGAUCUUCAAUGAAUUACAUAUGAUAUAUUUUUUUAAAAACAAAUAAUAGAUUUGAGUUGUCUUAGAUCUCAAUAUUACAACUUUUAAGUCCUAUUAAAUCUUUGAGAAUUCCUUGAUUUAUUUGAUUUAAAAUUUACAUAAAGAUUGAAAUGUUAAUUUUAUGUAGUUUUUUAACCAUUCAGUAUUCUCAUGAAACAGUAUAGUGCAGACACAUCAGAAUGAUAAAAAAGAGAUGCAUGGAUGUUUUAAGUCUUAAACCUGUAGAAUAGAAUGGGAAACAUGUAGGUGACCUCUUUCUCUAAAUGUUUAAUUGACAUACUGUCGAGUAACAUUUUUGUCCUUUCUGAAUUAGCUGUCUUCUACCAUUCCCAAUUUUCAAAAUCAUUUAAUUUUAUGUCUUAUUUGGAACUUUUCAGUAAAGGGGUUUAUAUUAAACUACAGCAUUCGAAACUACUUUUAAUUUUUAACAAAUUGUAUGUACUCUUGCUUUGAUUUUUCUGUAUGUAGAAUUCCAAAUUGUACUGUAUCUGAUGAACAAGUUGAAUAUUGAUUUUUAUCUGACACGUCUGUAUAAUUUUUGUGAUGGCAUGUAAACUGUAAUAAGUUGUAUGUAUGCACGCAAUAAACAAUAUGUCACAUGUAAUAUAAGAUCGUAAAUUGACAAUGCAUAUUGAGGAAAAAGUUAUUGGAUAUUGUCUGUUAAUAAUGUUGAGAAAAAUACUGAAAAAGUUGUUUCAUGGUUUUCACAUAUUAUUAAACAGUAACUUGUUUAAUGUUCAUACUAGAUCAAACUAAUUUGAUUUAUUGUACUUUGCAUUUUGGUAAUUAGCUAUAUUCCAUCAUUUUGUAGUGAAAUAAAGGAAAAAUUCAUCAUUAUAGGACCUGUUCUUAUAUCAUUUGUUUACUUUCCAAAAAUCACUUGAAAUCACAUUGGUUUUGCCCAAUUACACCCAUGGUUUUAACAUAGAUUAAAACAAGCAAAUGCUGAUAGACAUUUCAGCAACUUUCAUUUACUUUUGCUCAUGCAUUUAAAGAGAAACAUCCAUACACAGCAUGAUCUUGGCAUUUUGAAUACCAAAGGUUGUCUGAAGAAUGCAGCUUUUAGUUACAAUUGGAGCCAUAAUUAGAAAAUGUGCAAUAAUAUACCUAAUUAAUAAGAAUAAUUACCUCAGUUAACCCAUUUCAGAUACUUCAUUCAUUAUCAUAAUCAUAUGCUAUAAUUAUGAAGAAUAUUAAAAUAUUAUACUGUAAUGUGGGAUAUUUCGUGAUAAGCUUUUUUUGCAAACUUGACAAACAAGAUAAAAUCUUGAAAAUAUCUCCCUAAAAAAUUUUGUUCUAUAAACAACAGAAUCGGGGAUAAAAAAAAAAUGCAAAAAUAAAAUCAGUUUGGUUGUAGAAGUAGCGAAAAUUGAAAAUUCCACAAAAAUAAACAACCUUACACAUGUUACAGUAUGUUAAAAUGAUUUAAAGGUUUUACAUUUAUAGCUUGUUGAUACUUUUAUAUAACUAAAUGAGAUGGUCUGACCAAUAAAUAUGUAAAUCCAUGUAAACAGUUGAUGGUAUAAUGGCCAGUCUAGACAUGCAUUCUUUGCCUUGAGAGAUCAGUUUUCUUGUUGAUUGAAAUUUUUUUAAAAUAUGUUUAUUAUUUUUGUUUGUUUAUUGUUGCAUAUAUGUUCAGUGCCAAUUAUAUUUACCGAUUUUCACAUCUGAGUUUUAACAUUUAUAUUAUGUAUCAAAGAUGAUAAGAGAUAAUGUGAACAUUCAGUGAUUUCGUAAUUGAGUUUUAGCGUAUUUGUUGAAAAGAAAUUUGAUGCCUUUUCAUUUGCCUUUCAGUAUAGAUUUGUUUUGUAAAAAGACGGAUGUGUGUAGUAGAGUUUACAUCAUUUAAUAUUGUAUAAAUGUACUUUGUGAGAGAGAAAAAAAACAGUGACCAGAUAAAGUUUGUUUAUAGUGCCUUUGUAGAAUUGCAAUAACUUGAACAGUUGAUUAAAGCCAUAUAGAAAAUUUUACCAAAAUAAAAAGUGUCUUUUGCACAAAUUUAAUAAUAUCUGAAUAGUAGUUAAAAAAAACCUCAUUUUUCUACUUAAAAAAUCGUUGAACAAAUGCAUGUGCUAUUUAUAAAGAAUGAUUAUUUUACAUCAGAAAUAUUUUGGUAUGUGUAUUAUUAAUUGAAUAAUUGGUUUUACAUGAAAAAUCAGUAAAUUCAAUGUAAAAUUCUAUAACUUGAAAGGAAAAAAAGUUGAGGGUAUAAAGAAUGAAGCUAUUAACACUAUACUAUUUAGUGAGAUGUAUGGUAAAUAUAUUAAACAUCUGUGGUCACUUUUGGUGCUCAUCCCUCUGUAAUGUGCAUUUAUACAAUAAUAUAUUAUGAUCAGUAGAUUAAUGAGAAUUGUCUGUAGUUGUAUUAUGUUUGUUUGCUAUGUUUUUUACUGGAAUAAACUGCUCAUUGUUA